AUGUCUACGUUGACAGUUGACAAUGACAACAACCCAUGCUAUAAACCUGCAAGGAAUGAUGAUCGUUUGAAUAUUCAUAAUCCUUGGAUGCUUUCACUAUGGAGAGCUAAUAUUGAUUGUCAACCAGUCACUUCAAAAAAAGCUGUCCUCCAAUACAUUUCAAAGUAUGCUUCCAAAUCAGAAAACAAAUCGCAAUCCUAUAUUGAAAUGCUGAAAACGAUAGUGAAUACAACUAAAUCUAAAGAUAGCAUCUUACUAACAUAUCAAAAAUUUAUGAUGGGCAUAGUAGCAGAUCGUGAUAUCAGUGCACAAGAAACUUGCCAUAUGUUACAGAAAUUGCCUCUUGUAAGUUGUAGCCGACAGUUUGUCUCUCUAAAUGUUGGCAGAAAAAUACUGCACUGUGUUAUAAAAUCGAAUAAUGGAACUGACCUUUCCACAACUUAUAUCCAUGCUUAUAUGCAGCACCCUUUUGAAUUAAGUGCAACAAGUAUGUUACAAUCAGCACAAGGGUUCUCAUAUAAUUCUCAACGCAAAAAAAUAAAAUGGCAAAUCAGGGAUAAAAAAGCAAUUGUGACUAUAUAUCCUCAGUUUAGAGAACCUCCAGAUGAAGAUACCAAUGAGUUUGAGGUUUUCUGUUGGUCUGAACUGCUACUGUACAAACCGUUUCGUGACAUCCCAACUGAGAUAGGAACUUCAAAAGAACAAAUUAUAACAAAUUGGAAAAACUUUAAAAAGACUAAUUACAACCGUCUUCACAGCCAACAAAUUAUAGAUGAUUGCAGCCCUCCAAAUGAAGAUGUCAGUGACAAUAAUGGUUCUCAAAAUGAAGAUGAUACAAAUCUAUACGAGUGGGAAUUACUGUCACGAAUGGGAGCUACAAAUAACUUUGCCCAGAAUGAUCUACAAAUGCUAGGCUGUCGUGAUUACGAUAUUAACUACUUGUGGGGUGCAACUGUUAUGGAGGAUCAAUUAGAUUUUACUGCUCUUCAAUUCAUAGCUGCAACCAAGCUACAAUUCCAACAUGCUAGCAUGCAAAUCUCAACUCAGGACACACAAAAAAUUCAGCUAUCGCCUAAACAAAAAGUUGCACUUGACAUUGUUCUACAACAUCAUAAUAAACAAUCUGCAACAGCACCUCUAUGA